UUUUGGUUUUUUUUUUUCUUUUCGAAAAAGUUUUUGAAAAUGGAGUUGAAUUAUGGUCCGAUUAUUUUAACUGCGCUUAUUGCCGUAUGUGACCACUACUGGGGCAUCACGCUCACAGAGCCGGAUAUGCACGAGCCGGACAUAACGUCGGUGAUGUUCAUUUGUUCGGUGAUUAUGAUCUUGAUGCAUCCAUCGAUGGUAGUGCCCUUCGGUUGUCGCGCGGGCAUCUUUCUGUAUGUGGGCCUCUGCCUGGUCAUACACUAUCUCGUCCUGGCAUAUCCGUGGACCUGUUUCAAUCGAUUGCUCGUCAAGCUCUUACCUGAAGCGGUCAUUCUGCCCUUCUCGUGCCGCAUGCUCGUCUCGACGGCCAUGAUGAUCAUCGCCAUAAGCCACUGGCGCCGUCGCUCUAACGACGCCAUCAACGAUGCCAUCAACGAGGUGUACAUGGAAAUCCUUGGCAAUGGCGGCUUCUUUCCAUACAUGGACAUGUUCCCACUGAACAGUGGCAUGCACUUCUGUAAAAUAGCUCGAUUCUUCAUUAACAAUUGCAACCGUGACGAUAUCGGCGUACAUGUGCUGGCUACCGAGAGCAACGAUCAAUUCAUCUGCUGUGAUAUGAAUAAUACCAUCAUGCCCAUACCUGUCGAACCGCCGCCAUUGCCAAAUAUCGAUCAGCUACGCGAUGAGAUCAGCCGCUGCUUGCGCCAGUCACCUCAACUUGACUGAUGCGAUUGCCAGCAAUUUUUCUUUUAUAGUCGUUACUGUUGUUGUUGUUUUUUUUACAGCAAUAGGACCAGCUCAACGCCAAGUCACAUCUGAUGUUGACUCUCAUUCUGUGAAUUCCGUGAACUCCAUAAAUCCGCAUUUUAACCAGCUCUACCAUCUCAAUACGCGAGCUUAUCAAGCCUGGGAAGGCAGGCUUGUGGAUAAUUAGGUCAUUUUUAGUCGUAGUUUUUUAUACAUAUACCUGUUUUUUUUUUCUAACAUUUUUUCAUCAUGAACCUUAAAUUCGGACGGACAAAAUUUUCAGUGUAAUAGUCACUUAAGCAUAUGGAUAGAUAGCUCCCCUAAAUACGUAUAGACACCUUUGCCACAACAGCAAAAAUUCCUUGAUAGUACGAUAUAUAUAUAUAUUAUAUUGGAAGCAUA